AUGCCACACAUCAAACACAACAACAACAACGCGUAUAACAAUCGGCACGAAGUGGUGGCCGAAGAGAUGGCACCGCCGGAACAGCACGUGGUGGCCGCCAACCAUCACCAGCAACAGCACCAGAUUGAACAGUACCUGGAGGAGCACGACCCGUCGGUGACCCGGUGCUGUGUGCCCACGCUGUGCACCGUUGGCCAACUGUUGCACAUGACCAAUUUGACGGACGCCAUCAAGGUGAACUGCAACAACGACAACUGCCGUGAGGGCCGGUAUAUGCAUAAGCGCUGCUUCGAAGAGUGGGAGGAGACGGUGUUGACGUACCUGAGGAGCACCGGCCGCGCCCGCAGUUGGUCCGAGAAGCAGAGGCUCCAGAACUUGUGGACCAAGAAGGGCUAUGAUUUGGCUUAUAAAGCGUGCGGUUGUAAGUGCGGAAGGGGUCACCUGAAGAAGGACUUGGAUUGGAUACCACCGGCGGUGACGACACCCGUCGAGGAGAACAAGAAGCGCCGCAAUCGCAAGAAGCGAAACAAUGACAAACCGACGGUCAAUAUCAGCAGUACUGUCGUCACAAACAACGGCAACACCAAAAACAACAACAACAAUAAUAAUACAACUCUGGUCUCUAUUAGUAACAAUUCAACCAACAAUAAUAGCAAUAAUAAUAAUAACCAUAAUCUAAAUAAUAAUAAUAAUAAUCAUAUGAAUGGCACGACAACCGCCAUAACGUUGGUGUCGCGCGAGUCGGCCGCCGCGGCCAUCCGUAUGCGCUCGUUCUCGAUGUCGUCGACCGGCUCCGGGGGUUCGUCGGACGGCACGUCGCCGCCGAUGUCGUCGGCGGGCGAGUCGUCUGCGUCGCCAAACUUCCGCAAACUGUUCUUCUCGGACGCGUCGAAACGGGAGAGGCAUUCUUCGGGAUCGAUAUUCUCGCGUCGGGCCGACUAUUCGUCGUUCAAUACGCUGCCCCGGCAUAAGAUCAACUCAUACCACAUCAAGAUGGAGGACGACGGCAAUCACGGCAACGACGAGACCCGGUGUUUCAUACUGUCGACACUGUCGGCCAAUAAGAUGGAUCGCACGGCGUGCGUGAUCUGUUCGGGCACCAUGAUCAUCUUUGACCGCUAUCCCCUCAUCGACGGUACGUUCUUCUUGUCGCCCCGACAGCACAAUAAGGCGGCC